CCAAUCUGCAGAGAAGAGCAUAACUCGAGUUAGGAGAACCUAAAGCGAAUUGCAACACGCAAGUGGUCGUGCCGGAGUGGUUAUCGGGCAUGACUAGAAAUCAUGUGGGCUUUGCCCGCGCAGGUCGCUCGAGUGAUCCUGGUUUUUGGUUGUCUACUUACCGAGUACUUGAUCGGACGUCCGUGCCGCUUAAAUAGUUUGCCUUCCAUCCUUGAACGGCAAACAAUCUCUACCCCCAAUUUGAAGAGGUCCUCUCCGGCGGCGGUGAAGCCCGGCGCUCCCGCUGAGCGCUUGCUGGACUGAGGUCGCUCGUACCGUGUCCGUGUAUGUGCCUGCGUGCCCCGGCGCCCAGCUGCUCGACGUUGCAAAGCGCUCCCGCGCUCCUCCUUCGUCCACAACAGGAUCGCGCCCGUAAGGUGCUCGACGGAAUGCCGGUGCAGAACUAGGCGCGGCAGUGGACGUCUUACAGAUGCAGGGGAUCCUCCGGCCACUGCGUGCCCUCUUCGCGCGCCAACUUGUCGCAUGGGCCGAGCCACCGCCCCCUCCGGUCGGUGCCAGGACGAGAUGGCUUCACGUGGGCGGCGGCGGUAGGGAGCCGGAGGAGGACGAGGUGGUCCCGUACGCCGACGUGCCUCGGCCCGGGAGGAGGUGGGAGCGGAAGCCGUACGUGACGCCGAUGAGGGUGCUUAUCCGUCGCGCCAAGGAGGAGAGGCAGGCCCGGCGGGAGAACCCGUGCCGCGUGCUGGAGCACCCGCCCGACAACGGCCUCCUCGUGCCGCACCUCGUCGUGGUCGCCCGCCGCGUGCACGCCGCGAGGGAGCGGCUCCUCGACGGACUGACCAGACUCGUCGAGGGCGAGGACGCCAUCCCGGUGAAGCGAUGCAGGUUUUGUCCGGAGGUGCACGUCGGCCGCGUCGGUCACGAGAUCAGGACGUGCGAGGGCCGUGACAGCGGCGCGAGGAACUCCCUGCACGUGUGGCUGCCGGGGACCGUGCGCGACGUCGUCGGCUUCCCCUACUGCUACCACCUGUUCGACCGCGUCGGCAAGCCCAGGGUGGUGCACAAGGAGAAGUACGACGUCCCGAGGCUCCCCGCGAUCCUGGAGCUCUGCAUCCAGGCGGGCGUGGACGUCGAACGCUACCCGGCCAAGCGGCGCACUAGGCCGGUCUACUCCAUCGAAGGCAGGAUCGCAGACUUCGAGCCGGACGAAGCAGGCAACUCGGAACCAGGGGCGUUACCUGAACCACCAGCUUGCUCACCGUUGCCGUCUCCAGGGGCGUUACCUGAACCACCAGCUUGCUCACCGUUGCCGUCUCCAGCGGCGCCAACCUCGAUCUGUUCUGCCUCACCCGACGCCAGUAAUGAGCAAAAGGAGGAGGAGGUGACGGUGCCCGAGCUGGCCUCCCGGACGCUGCAGUCCUGGCUCGACAUGCGUUCCGGCGCGGCGAGGCUGAUGAAGAAGUACAGCGUGCACACCUGCGGGUACUGCCCGGAGGUGCAGGUCGGGCCCAAGGGGCACAAGGUGCGGAUGUGCCGGGCCACCAAGCACCAGCAGCGGGACGGGCAGCACGCGUGGCAGGAGGCCACGGUGGACGACCUGGUCCGGCCGAGCUACGUGUGGCACGUCGCGGACCCCGGCGACGGGUCGCCGCUGGCGAACGAGCUGAAGCGGUACUACGGCAAGGCCCCCGCGGUGGUGGAGCUGUGCGUGCAGGCCGGCGCGCCCGUGCCCGCCGCGUACCGGAGCAUGAUGCGGCUCGACGUCGUGCCGCCCGCGCGGGACGAGUAUGAUCUCGUCGCCUGAGGCUUGCGGGUCUGGAGGUGGUGGCGCGCGCCUUGCGGGAUUUCAGGGCAAUGUGCAACGUGGUUCUACAAUUGUGUGUCGGACUGACGAACAGUUUGCAGCGGCAUUGGGACGAACAUUAUUAAGACGCAGGGAUCAGCUUUCUAGGUGUUUUCCUGCCACUCGUUGGCAGCAAUGUUCAUCGAUGCAGUUUUCUUUUUCUCUCGAAACGAAAUCAUCGAUGCAGUUUUGGGAACAGGCCACUUGCUUGUUAAUACUUGCCAAUGUUAAAGAGGCUCUUUAACAUUCCUUAAUUCGUCAGUGAAUAUGAUAGCUGUUAUUUAAAAUGAAUUUCAGCAGUUGUUAUUGCUCUGCAGUAUUUGAUGGUUUGUUUCUUAGUUCUCAUCUCAGUCAUAUUCCAUGUAUGAGUGGUGAAAGGAUCAUUUUGUGUUUUUGUUUCCCUUGAAUA